AAUUAAUUUUUUUAAUUAAUUUCUCAGAUUUUUGUUAUUUAUUUGCUUAGUAUCUGUUUAUCUCAAAAUCAAUCGAUACUAUACAAAUGACAAUAUAAAUGUAUCAUAUUAAAUUUCAUUUUAUUAUUUUUUAUUAAUGUCAUACACACAUUACAUAAUAAGAAUUUGCAAAAAAAGACUUUAUAAUUCAAAGGUAUUUCUAGCAGAAAUAUUAUCUUUACGUUUUAGCAAAGUAAAUUAUAUCUUUAGCAAUAGAUAAUAAAAUAUAUUUUAAAUAAAAUGUACUUGUAGACGGAAUAUAAUUAAGUUCUUGUAAAUUAUUGCAAAUUUGAUGUUCCAAUGUUUUCAUUUUGUCAGACAUUUUUAUGUACUAAUUGGACUAAUUGUGAGAUCGAUCGAUAAUUGCGUUAUUUUUUUCAGAUUCGCCCGCUCGUUGAGGGUGCUUGCGCCAGCAAACAUGCGGCUACGCUUACUCUGGAUCGUUCUGCUGGCUGUCGCUCGUACAGUUUUGGCACAGACUGACGAGGGAUAUAAUUAUCCUAGACCAACAAAUCAGCUUAUACCAGGUGGUCCAGGAGGAGGUCCUGGUGUAAAACCAGGAAGAUUUCCGGGUACUCCUGGAGGAGGAUAUCCAUUUGGUGGUCCAGGUGGUGCCCCGGGAGGUCCUGAACCAAGACCUCCUAGUGGACAACCUGAAAGACCAAGUGGUUAUCCAUCUGGACCUUCAGGAUUUCCAGGACGCCCAGGUGAGGGUCAACCAGGACAACAACCUGGUUUCCCAUCAGGUCAAGCACCUUCCGGUGGAUACCCUAGUGGCCGACCUUCAAUUCCUUUUCCAAGCGGUGAACCCACAGGAAGACCUAGUACAGGACCAAGUCCCGGUGGUCCAGGUGGCCCGAGCGGAUCCGGUGGGCGACCGACAGGACCAAAUGGAGGAUAUCCUAGUGGUAGACCUAGCGGGCCAGGAUUUCCAGGGCAAGGACCUUCUGGAUAUCCAAGCGGACCUGGUCAAGGAAAACCAGAAGGUCCUGGAUAUCCCAGUGGUCGGCCGAGUGGACCAAGCGGACGUUAUCCCGGUGAAGCACAAAAACCUAGCGGUCCGGGAAGUGGAUAUCCUAGCGGACGGCCAGGAACUGGUUAUCCUGAAGUUGCUCAAAGACCUGGUGGUGGUCCAGGUCCUCAAGGACCAGGUGGCUAUCCAGGAAGGCCGAGUGGUCCUCAAGGUCCUGGAGGUCAGCAAGGCCCAGGUGCAACAUCUCCCGGCGGUUAUCCUGGACCUGGAGGUCAAGGACCAGGAGGUUAUCCCAGUGGUCCAGGCCCGCAAGGACCAGGAGGGGUUCCAAGUAGACCGGAAACACAAGGGCCAGGAAGAUUCCCAGGUGGACCAGGUCCACAAGGACCGGGAGGAGUUUCCAGCUGGGCCUGGCCCGCAAGGACCGGGAGGAUUUCCGGGUGGACCAGGCCACAAGGACCAGGAGGAUUCCCAGGUGGGCCGAGUCCACAAGGACCAGGAGGAUUCCCGGGUAGACCAGGCCCACAAGGACCAGGAGGAUUCCCAGGUGGACCGGGCCCACAAGGUCCAGGAGGAUUCCCAGGUGCUGGUCAUCCAGUAGGAUCUGGUGGACCCGGAACAUACACGCAUGAAGAUGAAGGAACGUAUGACGAAGGUGAUUAUUCAGCUAUUCCAGGCGAACCUGGUCGCGAUUAUCCUAUAUAUAGUGAAAUUCCGGAAACCGGCUUCCGCUGCGACGCCCAACAAUUCCCAGGUUACUAUGCUGACGUCGAAGCCCAGUGCCAAGUUUUUCACAUAUGUGCCAACAAUAAAACUUAUGAUUUUCUUUGUCCGAAUGGAACGAUUUUCCAUCAACAAUUCUUCGUUUGUGUUUGGUGGAAUCAAUUCGAUUGCAACUCCGCGCCAAGUCUUUAUUAUUUAAAUGAAAAUAUUUACGAUUAUACUAUAAUGGGAGCACCAAGUCGAGGACCUUCUGGACCUGGUACAUAUCCAGGAGGUCCAGGCGUUCCAGGUGGUCCAGGCGGUCCGGGAGGUCCAGGCGGUCCAGGCGGUCCAGGUGGUUCAAUCAGUCCAGGUGGUCCAGGCGGUCCAGGCGGUCCAGCUGGUCCAGGCGGUCCGGGAGGUCCUGGUGGUCCAAGUGGCCCGAGUGGUUAUCCAGGAGGUCCGCAACGUCCUGGUGGUCCUGGUUAUCCAGGAGGACCUCAAGGUCCAUCAGGACCUAGUGGUUAUCCAGGCGGACCUCAAGGACCAUUAGGACCUAGUGGUCCUGGUUAUCCAAGAAAACCUCAAGGUCCAAGCGGUUAUCCAAGUGGACCUCAAGGUCCAUCAGGACCAAGCAGUUAUCCAGGUGGACCUCAAGGUCCGUCAGGACCAAGCGGUUAUCCGGCAGGUCCUCAAGGUCCAUCAGGACCGAGUGGACCACAAGGACCAACGGGUCCAAGUGGCCCAAGUGGUCCAAGUGGUUUCCCAGGAAGACCGGGUGGUCCAUCUGGUCGUCCAGGACCCGGAUAUUUAACUCCGCCGUCAGGACCAUCAGGACCUCAAGGACCUCAAAGACCAGGCGGACCAGGAUAUUCUGGAAGACCUCAAGGACCUUCCGGUCCUACUGGACCUCAAGGACCAAGUGGUCCAAGCGGAUACCCGGGGCCAGGUGGGCCGUCACCAGGAUAUCCAGGACAAUCUCAAGGACCCACUGGACCGCAGGGACCAAGCGGCUUUCCGAGUGCACCGGGUAGUCGUCCACAAGGACCCAGUGGUCCAGGUGGAUAUCCUAGCGGUAGACCAAGCGGCCCAUCAUUUCCAAGUGGGCCUUCUGGGCCAGGAGGUAUUCCUGGGAAACCAGAUACAGGUUCACCGUUCCCGUCGCAAGGUCCUGCGAAACCAGAUCGUGAGUAUUUGCCGCCGCGGGCUGGAUAAACGUGAAACGAAACUUUCAGUCAGCAUCUAACGGCGACUCCCACUGUUGUUAAUGCUGGAUGACACGUGUAAAUACAAGCCCUUAUACUUGCGUAAUCUAAGUGAUAUUGAUUAUUCGUAUUGCAUUUCACUUUUAUAUACCAUAUAGGAAAUUUGAUUGUUCUGCUUAACCGUUAAAUCAUCUUAAGAUUUCCAUUCAUGCAAUUAAAAAUUUAUA